AUGGGUAUCGAAAAACUGUGGUUACUAAUUAUUCUCUAUACUCUACCUGCUGCUAUUAAUUCUGUUAGAAGUAAAAAAUCAGUGAUUGCAUCGCUACAAGCAAAAUGGUAUCAAACUUCGUUUAUCGCCGAAGCAAGUGAGUUUAUGGCUCGAAAAAGCAAUGCUUUAUUUUGGAGUUAUAUUGAUGAGAUUAUUGAAAAUGUUGACGUCAGCGAAUGGAAUACGUACAGCGAUGCCAAACAGCAUGAUUUCGCAGUGCGUCUUGCUGACAGCUUGUUGGAGGGUUCUCAUCAAAAUCUUCUAAAAUUUUCUUUAUCACUGCGAUCUCAUUCACCUGUAGUCUCGCUAUUUCAAAAACUAGGUGAUGAAAUGAAAAGUUCAUGUACAACAUUUGCUGUUAUUAAUGGUGCCAUUACAUGCGAUGUAGACAGUUUGGAAAAAGUUAUUGAUGAAGCACAAAGCAGUCGUCCACCAACAGUUUAUUCUGUUGACCAUGUAUUCCCUGCAACUACAAUUCACAAUGUUACGUUAAUUUUAUAUGGUGAAUUGGCUACUUCAUCAUGGCGAAACUUUCAUUUAGCUGCAAAAACACUGACUCGAAACGGCAAAAUCAAAUAUAUUUUUCGACAUUAUACCAAAGAUGCUCGCGAUGAUAAGCUUCUUUUAUCAAGUUAUGGAGUUGAACUAGCUAUCAAAAGUACUGAAUAUAAAGCAGUUGAUGACAGCACUGAUGUUUUAGAAGAUGCUUUAGCUGAUGAGGGAUUUGUUGCGAAUAGUUCAGAAGAAUAUGCAGACAGCGAAGAUAACUAUGGAUUCAAUUUCAAUAUUCUACGAAAUGUGCUUUACAAUAGACUUUCCAGUCGGCUUCAUGGACAUUUGAAAGGAUCACUUGAACAGUUUCGGCUACAUUUGUUAGAACGUGAUGAGCUUGCUCCAUUGAAAGUGUGGCAAGUUCAGGAACUCAGUUAUCAAGCUGCUCAAAGAGUUAUCCAAGCUGGUCCGAAGAAAGCUCUUGAUAUGUUGACUGAUUUAAGUCAAAAUUUUCCGCUUGCUGCGCGAUCACUGUCACGACAAGUUGUGAGCAAAGAAUUCACUUCUGAGAUUAUUACAAAUCAGGAACAUCUCAUGGAACUGGGUGUAUCAGAAGGGGAAUCAUUAUUACUUAUAAAUGGUAUCUCAGUAGACAUUGAUGCUCUCGAUGUAUUUCAAGUACUGAAUUUGCUAGAACAAGAAGUGACACUAGCCAGUGGGUUUUUCCGUAUGGGAAUGAAGAGAGAAUAUCUUAAUAUGCUUAUUGAUCUCGAAUCAAAUAAUGAUCGUGCUCCAUAUGCUUUGGAUUUUAGACCGGCAUCACCAGAGGUUGUGAUUUCUAAUUCUGCGACUAGAUAUUUGAAUAAUUUGGAUGUUGAUAGACAGUAUCGGCAUUGGGCAAAGAAUAUCAGUUUGCUGCUUGAGCCAUAUUUUCCGUAUUUUCCAGGAAUGCUUCGCCCGAUUGCUAGAAAUUUGUUUACCUUGGUAGUUUUCAUCAUUGAUCCAUCUCAAAAAAAAACUCAAGAUUUACUGCAGUAUGCCUUACGAUUCUACAUCCAUGAAGUACCUGUCCGAAUUGGAGUUGUGUUCGUAGUCAACGAUGACAAAGAUGUAGAUGGUUUUAAUGAUGCUUCUGUUGCUAUGUAUAACUUAUAUAAUUUUGUCAAAGAAAAACAUGGUAUUCAGAAAGCAAUGGAAGUUAUGAUAAAGGCUUUGGAAACAAAAAAUGAUCAUGUUUCUCCGAAAGAUGUUUUGUUAUACUUUCAAAAGACAUAUCCUAACGAAGAUCCUAAUGAUGUUUUUGGUGCUGAUUCUGAUUAUAAUAGUGGAAGAGCAACUGGUCAUAAAUUUUUCCGCCGUAGUGGACUUGAUUCGGUGCCUAAAGUUCUUCUAAAUGGAGUCGUUCUCGAUGAUUCUGGUGUAACAUCGAGUCAUUUUGAAGAAAUUGUUACAAUGGAAAUAAUGCGGGCUUCGUCGCGUUUGCAGAAAGCGAUAAUGACAAAAAAAUUGAGAGACGAAGAUAAUGUUAUGAAUUGGAUACUUAAUCAGCCUGAAGUAGUGCCACGAAUAAACAAGCGCAUUUUGGAUUUAUUUUCGUCGUCGGAUGCAUUUUAUUUAGAUUUAGCAUCUGUUAUAAAAUGUCAAAAUACUCCUGUGACGCAGUAUCACAAAUUGCCUGCAGCUGACCAUAGUCAGUGUAUGCUAGAAAGAAUGCGAUAUAUUACCAAAACACAAGAAGACAAAACUGUCUUCUCGACAGUGUGGGUGGUAACUGAUCUAGAAACUGUUGAAGGACGACUUCUGGCUUACACUGCAAUAAAUUAUCUUAAGCACUCUCAUUCUAUGCGUGUUGCUAUUCUAAAUAAUCCUAAAAAUAUUGAAGAGGCAACUGCACAAAGCAGCGUAACGAUGCUUGUAAAUAUUGCAUCUCGUGUUCUUUUACCGAAGCAAAUGAAGUCAUUUGUAACAAAAUUAGUAAAAGAGGAAUUAGUAUCAAAGCUAUUAGCGAAAGAAAUUAUAUUAGAUGACCUGUCAGUUAGUAAUAUGAAUAUGACUGCCUUUCAUAAGGAAUCAAAGCAAAUUAAUAGUGAUGAAGUAAUCGCUGGAGCUAAAUACUCAAAGCGUGUUCUGAAUUUGAAACCAGGGCAAUUAGCGCUGGUAGUCAAUGGCUUGCUUAUUGGACCUCUUAACGAAGGUGAAGUUUUGGAUGUCGGCGAUAUCGAGCUCAUCGAUAAAUUAAUUAUGCUUCGAGGAGCAAAGAUUAUUGGAGAGCAUAUAAAGAAAUGGAAAGUAAGUAUCAGACACGAAGAAUCAUCAAAUAUGGUAGCACGUAGUAUGGCUUUGAUUGGAAGUAUUGGUGUUGCAAAAAAACGGCGAUUAAUACCUCUUCCGAAGGAGGAAGAGAGGGACUUUACUUUAUUUUUAUAUUUUGGGUUAAUUACGGCAUAUUGCAUUGUUGAUCCAUUAUCUACUCAAGCCCAGCGUCUUGGCCAUUUGCUAAGUGUCAUACAAAAAGUGGUCAAUGUUGAAGUGAAGCUGGUUAUGAAUCCAAAAGCUAAACUUAGUGAGCUUCCAUUAAAGAGAUUUUAUCGUCUUGUGCUACAACCUGCAGUGAUUUUUGAUGACUCUGGACGUAUUGACAGUGCUGCAUAUGAAGCGCGAUUUACAACUCUACCAAGCAAACAAUUGCUGACUCUUUCGUUGGUCCCACCAGAUGCUUGGAUGGUGCAGUCAGUAUAUGCAGUUCAUGAUCUAGACAACAUUAAAUUAGAAAAUGUAGCGGGAAAUGUUGUAGCUAAAUUUGAGCUGGAGCAUAUUCUUCUAGAAGGUCACUGCUUUGAUGACGUGACGGGAUCAUCACCACGAGGUUUACAGUUCACUUUAGGUACAUUAAUCGAACCUAAUCGUUACGAUACGAUUGUUAUGGCUAAUCUGGGUUACUUCCAGCUAAAAGCAGAUCCAGGUGCCUGGAUUUUGAAACUUCGUGACGGAAAGUCGAAGGAUAUUUACAGUAUUGUGAGCCAUUUAAAUACCGAAUCUGAAGAUGAGUUUGGGAUAAAUGUGUUGAUCGAUUCAUUCAGUGGCCGGACAAUACGUAUUCGAGUUGCCAAAAAGGAGGGCAAAGAAGAAGAAAAUUUAUUGGUGGAAGGCAAGUUGGAAGAAGAGGACAGUGGUGAUGAACAAUCAAUUUGGAGUAGCAUAUCGACAACCGUUAGUAGUGCUGCGAAAUACGAUUCGAUUAAUAUUUUCUCAUUGGCAUCGGGACAUUUGUAUGAGCGUUUUUUGCGGAUAAUGAUUUUAAGUGUUAUGAAACACACAAAACAUCCAGUCAAAUUCUGGCUCCUGAAAAACUAUUUGUCACCCAAUUUCAAGGGAACAUUAUCUCAGCUGGCUAUGCAUUAUGGAUUCCAGUAUGAAUUUGUUGAGUAUCGUUGGCCAAGGUGGUUGCAUCAGCAAACUGAGAAGCAGCGAGUCAUGUGGGGAUACAAAAUUCUCUUUUUGGAUGUACUAUUUCCUUUAAAUGUGCGAAAGAUCAUUUUUGUUGAUGCCGAUCAGAUUGUCCGAACAGAUUUAAUGGAUUUAAUGGAAUUAGAUUUGGGUGGCGCUCCAUAUGGUUUCACUCCAUUCUGUGAUAGCAGGACAUCGAUGGAUGGAUUCAGGUUCUGGAAGAAAGGUUACUGGGCUAAUCAUCUUGCUGGUAGAAAAUAUCACAUCAGUGCUCUUUACGUAAUUGAUUUAGUGAAAUUUCGGCAAGUAGCUGCUGGUGAUCGAUUGCGGGGGCAGUAUCAAGGACUUAGUGCAGAUCCAAAUAGUCUUUCAAAUCUUGAUCAAGAUUUACCGAACAAUAUGAUUCAUCAAGUGCGCAUUAAGUCGUUACCGCAGGAAUGGUUGUGGUGUGAAACGUGGUGUGAUGAUGCUUCAAAAGCGAAAGCAAAGACUAUUGAUUUAUGCAACAACCCACAAACGAAAGAACCAAAACUGGAUUCAGCCAUGCGAAUAAUUCCUGAAUGGAAAGAUUACGAUGCUGAAAUUAAAACACUGCUAUCUGGAAAACUAAUGAGGCAUGACAAAGAAGUAGAGAAGUCUGAAGAGAAAUUGGAGGAUCUGCACGUCGAGUUAUGA